AAUCUAGCUAGUUGGUUGCUUACUUUUUCUCUUUCUUCUUCCCCACACAUUUCGUGAUCGCAACCGCAAAUGUCGGUAAUCUCCGCCACUUCCGCCGCCCCACCCCUCCAUUUACCGCGAUCGCCCCCACGCCCGAGACUCGCGAUGAUGGUGCGAUCAUCCAACGCAGUCUCGCCCGCUUCGAUCCUCACCAAGCUGCGCAAUGACUGCGCCACUCCCUUGCCUCUCCUGCGCCAAGUCUCCGCCGCCAUGGCCGCCGACAUGCGCGCCGGCCUGGCCGCCGACGGCGCCUCCGAUCUCAAAAUGAUCCUCAGCUUCGUCGAUUCCCUCCCCACCGGGGAUGAGAAUGGAUUAUACUAUGCUUUGGAUCUCGGCGGUACCAAUUUCCGAGUGAUGAGAGUGCAAUUGGGAGGGAACCAAGGUAGAGUGGUGGCCACUGAAUUCGAUCAAGUCACCAUCCCUAAGGAGUUGUUGUUUGCUACUUCCGAGGAGCUUUUCGAUUUCAUAGCAUCUAAGCUGGCGAAAUUCGUUGAGAAGGAAGGCGGGAAGUUUGAGUUGUCCCAAGGAAGAACGAGGGAAGUGGGGUUUACUUUCUCUUUUGCAGUGAAACAGACGUCGAUUAACUCUGGCGUUCUCAUCAAGUGGACGAAAGGCUUUGCAGUCUCCGGAACUGAAGGGAGAGACGUAGUCGCCUGCUUGAAUGAGGCUAUGAGAAGGCAGGGCUUGAAUAUGAGAGUUUCUGCCUUGGUCAAUGAUACUGUGGGAGCGUUAGCCGGAGCUAGAUACUGGGACGACGAUGUUAUGGUCGCGGUCAUUCUAGGAACGGGGACCAACGCCUCCUAUGUGGAGUGCGUAGACAACAUUCCCAAGCUGCGUGCCCCAAAAUCAGCAGGUGGAACUACGAUUAUAAACACUGAAUGGGGGGCAUUCUCGAGGGGUCUUCCCUUGACCGAGUUUGACAGAGAAAUGGAUGCUGCCAGCAUCAAUCCCGGGAAACAGAUAUUUGAGAAAACAAUUUCUGGGAUGUAUCUUGGUGAGAUUGUUAGACGAGUGUUGCACAGAAUGGCCGAAGAUGCUACAUUAUUCGGUGACUCCAUACCAGAAAAGCUACAGAUCCCAUUUUCUCUCAGGACACCAGACGUAUGCACCAUGCAACAGGACUCGUCUAAAGAUCUUGAAGUCGUUGGAUCAAUCCUCUACGACGUGGCUGGGGUGAAUUCCAACUUGGAGUCGAGGAAGAUAGUAGUAGACAUAUGUGAGACCAUUACAAAACGUGGGGGGCGGUUGGCCGGGGCAGGAAUCGUAGGGAUUCUCCAGAAGAUGGAGGGAGAUUCAAAAGGUGCGGUGUUUGGUAAGAGAACGGUGGUGGCGAUGGAUGGAGGGUUAUACGAGCAUAAUCCCGAGUACAGAGGGUACCUUCAAGAUGCAGUGACAGAGAUUUUAGGGCCGGAGGUAUCGAAGAACAUAAUUGUACAACACUCUAAGGAUGGAUCUGGUAUUGGAGCUGCUCUUUUGGCUGCUACUAAUUCCAUCUAUCAGCAUUGAUUUUUGCAGCUCUAUGGGCCCUUUGUUUUGUUAGCCACAAUGAUCAAGUGGUUGACAAAGACGUCCAACCUUCAAAAUUUCUUAUCUAUUGAAAUACUGCAUUUUUAUUGGCC